AAAAUAUACGGUAUAGAGCGUUUCCUUAUAUAUGACCUCGGAGUUAGACAUAGAUGAAUUCAUCAAUAGGCUACUGGAAGUUCGAUCGUCCAAGCCUGGGACAGCUGUUAACAUGAAGGAGGAUGAAGUCCGAUAUCUCUGCGUGACUUCAAGGCAAAUAUUUUUAUCUCAGCCGAUUCUUUUAGAACUUCAGGCGCCUUUAAAAAUUUGUGGCGAUAUCCAUGGUCAGUACACAGAUUUGUUACGUCUUUUUGAAUAUGGAGGUUUUCCUCCAGAAUCAAAUUAUUUGUUCCUUGGCGAUUAUGUGGACAGAGGGAAACAAAGCUUAGAAACUAUCUGCCUUCUGCUUGCCUAUAAAAUAAAGCAUCCAGAGAAUUUCUUUCUUCUUCGUGGUAACCAUGAAUGUGCUGCAAUAAAUCGAAUUUAUGGAUUUUAUGAUGAAUGUAAACGACGCUUCAGUGUUCGAUUAUGGAAAACAUUCACAGAUUGUUUCAAUUGUCUACCGAUUGCUGCAAUUGUCGAUCGGAAAAUAUUUUGCUGUCAUGGUGGUUUAUCUCCAGACUUACAAAAUAUGGACCAAAUAAGACGUAUUAUGCGACCAUCAGACAUUCCUGAUACUGGACUGUUGUGUGAUAUAUUAUGGUCAGAUCCAGAUAAAGAUGUUAACGGUUGGGCAGAGAAUGAUCGAGGUGUAAGCUUCACAUUCGGUCCAGAUGUUGUCACAAAAUUCCUUAACAGACAUGAUUUGGAUUUAAUUUGUCGUGCGCAUCAAGUAGUCGAAGAUGGCUUUGAAUUCUUCUCUUGUCGUCAAUUAGUCACCUUAUUCUCUGCGCCUAAUUACUGUGGAGAAUUUGAUAAUGCCGGUGGUAUGAUGUCUGUUGAUGAAAAUCUAACCUGCUCCUUUCAGUUUGUUGUUCAUUGAAAACUGUUACUUUUUCUUCACUCAUCUUUAUCAUCAUGAAUACAUAAACAUUUCAUAAAUAUCUGACUAGAUUUUCCUAUCUAUCCUAAUUCUGCUAUAAGAAAAGAGAGAGAGAGAGUAAACACAAGACCGGAAAAUUGUUUUUACUGCUCAAAAAAAAUUCAGUUUUUCAAAUUGUUUCUAACCUUUCUCAUCGAUACAUUCAUAAAACUGAUGAUGAAAACAGUUGAAUAUGUAAGGGACUAGUUUUUGUUUUUCCUAGCCCCCCCCCGCCUUCUCUUUCUCCUGUGUAAAAGUUUCUCCAGUUGCCCCCCCCGUCCUCCUCCUCUUUUGUUGGAGGCAAACAACAGUUUUGUCUUUUCUUACCUAUCAUUCUUGAUCACUUUGCUUGUAUAACAUGGAUAUUUCAAGUUUUACUGUUCUAUUGUAUAUCUGUGGAUAGUUGGUUGAUUUUCUGUUGUUGUUGUUUUUUCUCUCGGUUUUUGUUUAACUUUUCAUGGUGACUAGUGUGUAUCACAUUUUGUGCAGUAUUCAAUAGUACUUACUAAGCGGGUGGUGUAUUUGAUCGAUUAUUUGUUAUAUUUACGGCUUUAUUCUUUGUUGUUGUUCUCUUCUUCGAAUUUUUCGUCUAUUUUAACAUAAUAUUCAAUUGAAUAAACCUUUUUACAUUCUACACCAUAGAGAUAUAAGUUAAGCAUUAUAUAUUCUCUAUGUUUUGUUGGCAAGGUGAAUAAUGAAUGAAAUGAUGCUGUAAACAGAAGAGAUAACAUUACGUUUAUUGAGUUGCUCUGCUCUUAAUUUGUAAUGAUGGGCGCAGGAAUCAAUCCACCCUGGAACACGUCACCCACCCACUCAUCUCGUAUACACACUAUGUACUACUGUUUAAUAAUACAAAAAAAACAAGAGGGGGAGGUCAAGUUGAUAUCCCCCCCUGUCCAUAUUAUUUAUUAGUUUGUUUGUUGAAAUUUGUUUCCUUCUACACUUUUUUUCAAAAUAUUUUCAUUGCUUGACUUUGAGAUGAUGUAUUGGUUGGUGUAUAACAACUUUCUCAUGAUUGAGAUCAAUUACAAAGGUAUCUAUGUUGUGUUGUAGUAGUUCUAGUAUUUCCUUAGAUCAUUUACAAACACUACAUUGUAUAUGAUCCUUUGUUCUCUGUUUUACCUGAGUUCUAUCUUCUUGUUUCCUUUUGAAUAUAUAUAAAUUUUUAAAACAUAUCCCCCCCCCCUCUGGCCUCCAAUUCUGCUUAAUACAAAUAAUUUUA